UUUUUUUUUUUUUUUACUUAAAUUUGUUGUUAAGCAUGAUAAAACCAGAGUUUAUUUUUUAUAAUGCCAAGAGAAUUAUGAAAGCAUGAAAACAACGUUGAUUAUGCCUGCAAGUCACUUUUGAUGAAAGCAUCGGCAAAAUAACAAAUUAUUUGUUUCAUUUAUGGUGCCAGGGUAAUCUGAGACAGUCAUGGACACUCUUGAAAACACCUUUAGGGAUCUCUCCAUCGCCCGGAGACUGCAGACCAGUGAGCCCACAUACAUUCUGGACCUUUCUCUUCCGUCUUCAGCUAGCAAUGGCUCUGCUGCAGGGUCAGAUGUGCUUGCUGUGUGCUGCUCUAAUCACUCUGUGCACCUGCACUGCAGAGAGACACUCCGCCUAGUGGGGGACUUCCAGGGUCACACAGCUCCUGUGUGUGGGGUCCGUUUCUCUCACCUCUCCCCCCACCUCCUGUUCACUGGAUCUAGUGAUGGGACACUGCGUUGCUGGGACGUCCGACGGCCCAAUUCCGGCUCAACCCAGGUGUUCCGUAGUGAGGCGACCCAUUCCUACUGCUCCUUUGAUGUGUGUUGCAGUGAUCAUGUGCUGUGCGCAGGCACGGAGCAGGUGGAAGAAGACAGUUUUUUAGUAUUCUGGGAUGCACGUAUGGUUCAGGAAGGGGUUGAGACAGGCUCAAAGCAGGGCGGUCUGCUGGGUGUGUACUCAGAGUCACACAGUGAUGACAUCACUGCGGUGAAGUUCCACCCACAGCAGGCAGACCGUUUGGCCUCUGGGGCCACAGAUGGGUUGGUGAAUGUCUUUGAUCUUAGUCUGGGAGGAGAGGACGAUGCUCUUGUCACCACGUGUAACAGCAAUUCCUCUGCAAGCUCACUCUGCUGGACAGGCAAGGAUCUUGACCAGCUGCUUUGUCUGACCCAUGAUGAAGGGCUACACCUGUGGGACGUGGCUCAACCAAAUAGCGAUGACCCUUUUACCCUUUUGAGUUCGACUGAUGCUCGAACACUUGUCCAGCUCCCUGAUGGAUCCUCACUUGAGUACUUUGUGGGCGGUACAUGGCUAUCAGAUGAGGGGCAUAUUCUUUUAGUGGGAGGGACCAAUCACGGAGAGCUCCACCUCCUGGACUGCAGUGGGAGUGGUCUGAAGUUAAUUAAAUCCUUGAAAAGGGGUCACUCAGCCACAGUGAGAUGCUUCCAGUGGGAUGUGAUUGGUCAAUAUCUGUUGACAGGCGGAGAGGAUGGCCAGUUGUUGCAGUGGAAGGCAGGAGCAGAGGAGAUCAGUGUGGGAAAGAAAGACACUCUGAAAAGCAUCUCUUCCAUGCAGCUCAAAACUAAAGCUCACAGAAAGCAUGCUACAGUGAAAGACCGGUCCAAGCCAGUAUGAUCACACACUGCAUAAGAGAAACUCAGAUUCCAUUAAGAGCCUGUCGACACUGAAACAAAAUAGUUAUUUUAUGAAAAUCAUAUGGUAUGGAAAUUUUAAUGUGCGCAGCAUUUUAAAUACACUGAGCAACUCAAGUCUGAUGUCUUUGCUGUCACAAUUGUAAGGAUAACCUAUUUGAGAAAUCAACUUUUCUGUGUUUUUUCUUUCAAGCAUUGAAAAAAUGAAAAUGUACACACCCUCAUGCCAUCCCAGAUGUGUAUGACUUUCUUCAGCUGAACACAAAUGAAGAUUUUUAGAAAAAUGUCUCAGCUCUGUAGGUCCAUACAAUGCAAGUGAAUGGUGAUCAGACCUUUGUAGCUCCAAAAUGCACUUAAAGGAAACAUAACAGUAAUCCAUAAGACUCCAGAGGUUAAAUCUAUAUCUUCAGAAGUGAUGCAAUAGGUGUCGGUGAGAAACAGAUCAAAAUAUAAUUCCUAUUUUACUCUAAAUCUCCACUUUUACAUCUGAAAGUCACACAUGGUGCCUGUUUAGUUUCACUUUCACAUCUGAUAGUGAAAGUUAAAGUGGAGAUUUAGAGUAGAAAGGACUUAUAUUUUCAAAACUGUAAAUGGGUUUCUCCUAAAGGGAUACCAGAAAACAACAUUUUAAUCUUAACAGUGUUGGUUUACCCAAAAAUGCCCCACAUUUUUGAUGAUUUAUAUCCAUACAAAAUUUUGUGUGAAAUAAUAGUUUUUUUUUUGGGCUGUUUCUCAGCCAAAACUGAUCGUAUAGCUUCAGAAUAUAUGGAUUAAACCACUCAAGUUGUAUGGAUUACCUUUAUGCUGCCUUUCUGUCCAUUUUGGAGCUUGAAAGUGUAGGACCCCAUUGACUUGCAAUGAAUGGGCAAAAACACUCUUUCCUAUCUUAUUCUAUCUCCAUUAAAAUAAUUUUGUUUGUGUUCCGCAAAAGAAAGAAAGUCUUACAAGUUUUAGAUGUAUUGGGGUGAUUAAAUGAUGAGAGAAUUAUAAUUUUUGGUUGAACGAUUCCUUUUUAUAAUUUUUUCCAGGCUGCUGAUCUGAUGAUUUUGAAAGUAUUUGGGAUCAUUAUAUUAGUGAUACUAAAAUCUUGUGUAUCUUUUCACAGGUAACAGUAGUAGAUACUAUGACAAUAACACCCCAUUCAGUCAUCCUAAAAUAAAGACAUCCAAAGUGUAUAUCGUUUAUUAGUUAAUGGUGUCAGACUGGCCUCAGUUUGAUUACACCUGCUAAAAGUCUUUAUUUUCUUCUGACAAUAAAUAUAUUGAUUGUUUUGAUAUUAAUUUAUGUUGAUGAUUAUUUAGAUUUUCUGCAUCCAUAUUGAUGCUUUUCUUUUAAUGUUUGGUUUUAACCUUUGUGUCAGGAGUUUGUCCAGCCUGAUUUUUCUGAUCACCAAAACAUUUCCAAACACCAAAAUAGGAUUAUGUGAGUGUUUUAUACAAAGAAAUAUUGCCGAUCUGAAAAUGUUACUGUUUACUGAUCAGAUGAUUUUUAAAGUACUUGCUAUUAUAAUCUUGGCCACAAUUUCACAUGGCUAUGAACACACAGUAUCAACACAGACAAUGAGAGUCCAUUGAACUAAGACUUUGGAUGUAAUGUUAGUAGAUUGUUGCCAAAGUGCCACAACAGGAUUGCACUUACACCAUCACUCUCUGUUCAUCACCUAGUGAACGGAAGCAGCCUUCUCAUUAACAUUUAAAGGGAUAGUUCACACAAUUUGAAUUCUCUCAUAAUUUACUCACACUCAUGCCAUCCCAGGUGUGUGACUUUCUUCUGCAGAACUCAAACAAAGAUUUUAGAAGAAUAUUUCAGCUUUGUAGGUCCAUGUAAUGCAAUUGAAUGG